AUGUUUGGGCUCUGCUUUGACAUUGUUCAUUGCCAGAUGUCCGGAAGGAAGGAAUUGAUUAUUCAUGUUACCUCAACGCUUGCAGAGUUGCAAGAGACUUGGGAAGAAGCCUAUCAUCACCCCAUGAAUAAUCCUCGAAAGUCAUUCCACGUUUGUUGCGACCACUUGAGACUGGUGGCCGCCAGAAAUAGCCUUGUCUUAUUCACGGUGAUCUCUGGGCUAGGAAUACUUCCUGUAAUAUUGAUACUGACAUGCCUAUCAUUUACGAUUCAGCUGCUCUGUAUAUAUGCCCACAACGAAUUGGAAAUGGCAGCUUGGAGAUCAAUACGACACUUAAUUGGAAAGCAAGACAUGAAGGAAUACUUCCAUUAUUUUCCAGUAUCUAGCCCAGAGGGAGAUCAAGACGACCGCAAUAUGCUCUACUAUCUUCGAUGGAAUCUCAAAAGCUCAGCCCUGUUUUCCGGGAGCUUAAAGUACCUGAAUAUGGCGAAGGAAACUAUGAGAACUUUGAUCGUAAAGUUCCCCGGUGGCUACGAAGAUAGGAGAGAGGGGAGAGGAGCCUGUGCAGAGAACUAUGGCCCCCACGGUGAUAGGAUUGAACUUGUGAGAGAGCAUGUCAUAGAAGAAUAA